CGGGAUCGUAGCCAAGAAUGGCGUCGCCGAAGCGCGUCGCGAAGUGCCGCUGGGAACCAGUAUUGCGCUCGAGCGUGCCGCCGUCGGUGGUCACGGCUGCAGGAAGCAGGAGGUGACGGAGACGGCAGAGGAUCGACGACGUCGCCGAGGCCACGCUGGCGCGCCGACGAGGCGACACGACGGUGCUCGGCCCCUGUGUCUCACUGUGAUCGUAACUCGGUGGUUGUGGUGGUGCGCUUUCUAGCUCUACUGCGCGCCGCUGUCAACAACGCGGCUGUGCGCGGGGCUGCAACCAUGUGUUGCUGCUUCCCGAGGCGACGGAUCAUUGCAGCGGCGUCGCCAAUGCGCUCGUCAGCAGCGCAGGCCGAGGAGAGGCGCCCGAGAGGCUAUUUUUGAACCCUCCAUGCGCCCCGAAAGCUGGCUGCCUGACCCGCGGCGAUGGAUCUUAAGUCGGAGUCGGACUUUUACGUUGGCUGCCGGGCGCUCGCGCCCGUCGCUGCAUACUUUGGACUCAGUAUUGACAAGUUCAACUUCCUGUUCUGCCAAAUUGCGUUCCUGCUGUUCUCGUUCCCGUACCGCAUACUGCUGCACCCGUCACGGGUGUCCCCGACGGCGAGACACAUCGUGGCCCUCGCCGUUGGACUCGUCUUCGGUUAUUUCUGCUUCGGAUACCAAAUUCUUCACCUCGUUGCGCAAGCCACCCUCGUUUACAUGAUCAUCAAUUAUGCCAGUCCCGAACGUAUGCACAAGAUUGUGCUGGCGGUCGGCAUGGGCUACUUGUCGGCUAUCCACAUAAUGCGGCAGAUCUACGACUACGGGGGCUACCACCUGGACGUGACCGGUCCGCUGAUGGUGGCCACGCAGAAGGUGACCAGCAUUGCUUUCAACCUGCACGACGGUCUUACAGAGAGAAAGGACAUCAUACUGCACCCCGAGCAGAGAAGGCAGAUGGUCAGCCGGAUGCCGAGUCCGCUGGAGUUCUACAGCUACGUCCUGCACUACCACACGCUCAUGUGCGGACCGCUGGUGUUCUUCAACGACUACAUGGACUUCAUCCGGGGAAAGCAGUUCUUGAGGCACAGCGUCCGCACCGGACUUCGGGGACACCCGACGUCUGUUGUGGAGCCGUCGCCAACUUGGGCGACUCUACGGAAGCUUUUCGUUAGCUUCAUGAGCGCCGUGAGCAUCGUUUACCUGCUUUCUGCCUACCCUAUCGAAUACAUUAAGCAGGAUGAGUUCCUCUACAAUAGGAGCAGGUUGUGGCAAAUGCUGUACAUCAUCUGGGCCACUUCGCUACACCGGCAUCGGUACUACCACGCCUGGACUCUAGGUGAAGCAAUUUGCAAUGCUGCUGGCUUCGGUUUCAACGGCUACACAAGUGAUAACAAAGCGCGAUGGAACCUUAUCAGCAACGUGGACAUCGUCACCAUUGAGACUUCGACGAGUCUACGCGAGCUGAUCAUAGCGUGGAACAAGUCGACUCAGACCUGGCUGCGCACUGUGUCGUACGAGCGGGUGCGCCGCCACCGGACCCAGCUGACAUUCAUCCUGUCGGCCAUGUGGCACGGCUUCUACCCGGGAUACUACCUCACCUUCGGCACCGGGACGCUCUUUACCCUGGGCGCCCGAGCGGUGCGUCGUAGCGUGCGACCCCUGUUCCAGGGCAGCCGCCAGAAACAGAGGCUGUACGACCUUGUCACCUGCCUAGCGACGCGCGUGGCUGUCGGCUACAUGGUGUUUCCGUUCCUUCUGCUAGACUUCCACUCCAGCUUCAGGGUUUACCGCCACUUUGGAUUCGUGGGCCACGUGAUGUGCCUGCUGGCCAUGUAUGUUCUACCCCGGGUGCUGCCGCCGCCGCCGCGAACGCCGUCCCGGUGUUGUACGUCGCCCACGUCACCGCGGAUCGCCGAGGGACACCCGCGCAGCAUCGACCUAAGCCCGCAGGACGCCCAUGGGUCGCAGCCGAAGGACGAGCAGGAGGACGAAGUUCAACAGUCACACAGCUCGGAGUCAGACGACACGAUCUCGGUCGAGUCCGCGCACGAGGUCGAAGCCAAGAAGUCCAACUCUCAGCUGUCGCAGGUCGCGGAGAACGACCCGGUGGUGCCGACCACGACCUCCACCCUUCCCGACCCGCCCGACGCGCAGCCGCCUGGUGAUAAGAAGACACAGUAGCAAAAGCAGACCUGUAUAGACUUUCUUUUUUCCCAGGAGUUCCCGCGCCCUGUGAAGAAAUGAAGAGACUGAAGCAAGAGAGCAGUGCGGCAUCCGAUGUGUUACCCGCACGGGGCGUUGUGCUUUCUCGACUGUGUCGUGUUUCAUGCUUUUCGUUUAAGUCGACGGUGCAAACGCGGGAUUGUAGCUAUGUAUGGGCGAGAUGUUACCGCUUGCGAGACGUUGUAUCGAUGUUCGUCUAGGCCUAUUGAUGUGUACGGUGCGCGGUUUCUGAUAUGUGCCGAGUAACGGACGUAUCCAUCGUGGCCGCCGUUGAAGAGUGGGCAGUACCACGCAGAAUGGUAUGCUAAAAAUAGAAAAAAAAAUCUAGGCGCAACAAAAUUAUCCUAGCAAUUAGUGAUUUUAAUUAGCGCACGUUAGGAUUGAGGACGAUGACGCGGAGGUAGCGCUAGUUGAUCGACGGAACUCGGCAGUCGUAUUCAGAGACUGUAUACUGUGUCCCUGAGCCGCAUUCCGAGAGUUCGUUUGAUGACGGGUUUUUCGUGGGUUGAAGCGGGGUCUUCUCAACAUUUACUGUCCAGCGGCUGCAUCACCAAGUUCCUAUGUACCGCACCUGUCCAGGUGUAAUGGAACGCGUAAUGGAAUCGUUCACUUUAUCAAUACACCUCGCAACGUGUAGCGUACCGAAUGCCGUACUGUUUUCUUUCCUACAGGGCCUUCGUAACAGACAGGUGACAGAGCCGGCGGUAUUGUUAGCUUACGUGGCGUGUACGUUUCUUUGGAUGCAACGCGUGUGUGGAUGUAGUCUCGCGUUGCUAUCGCUUCGCUGUUCCAGGUGUUGGUUGAUCAUGCGCCGCUUAUCAGCUGGGGAGUCACGUUUGUGUUGCUUCGUCGCUGAGUCUUUCGCUGUGUGCAUAGUCACUUCCCCAGUGACCACCACCUUCCCAGGUGAAGAACCGAAUCGCGUGAUUGGCGUCAGUCAAAGCCGACCGCUUGGUCCACGGGCUCGUGUGUUUAAGUUUCGGCGUAGCCAUUUCCGGCUGCACACUGCAGGCUUCCACUUACAGAUCUUGGUCUCACGUUCGUGGUACUUAUCAGAAAACCGGUCGGUGCAACCCCUAUGCGACACGGAUAAGCUUAACUAUCAUCAUCAGCAAUGGCUCGAGCGUCGUCGUCUUCUUCCACGGCAUGCUUCGAACAAAUAAGUUGGCUCAUUGACUUCGUAAAACUGAACGAAAACUUUUUCAGAAGGCCUCUAAAAAGGUGCCUGCUGGGGGGUUGAGCGCAAAACUCUGGAUAUUUGCGGGAGACAUCUCCGCAUACCUCUGCGUGAAUCGGAACGCGGAGGGCUCAUCUAGGUACAACGCACGCACCUGAUUAAGGUUUGCACGAUGAAGGCGUCGCUUUGAACUGAAAAAAAAAAAACAGUGCUUUUGGCGUUGCUCUGCUGUGUGACACGCCUGGGUCUGUGUUAUUACAAUGUUGGUGUUUUGUUUCGCUAAUUCGCACUUUGUGUGCCAAGAGCUCGGUGCAGGGUUUGCCAUCUUUUUUUCCCCUUCGCUUCACUUCCUUCGUUUGAGACAUUUCGCGGUGUUCAGGACUUGUAUCGCUUUCUUUUUGUUGGCUCGGAAUCAGCGCAGAACUAUUAAUCCUUAAUUCGGCAUAACUACCGUACCGCGCCCAGGCAGAGUUCGCAUCGAUUCCUGUGUGCAAAUUUGCCUUAGUAACCAAUUUAACACGAACGUUGUGGUUCUAAUCAGCCGCAAAGAUCGUGAGAAGUCCUCGCGUUCGCUUCGCCUAUAACGCCGAAAGGCCAGCGUAUGGGUCGUCGGUUCGCUGUGGCCUGGCUUCACGACUCAAGGCAAACCGUUCAGUGACGUUUUGGCUAGAUGUUCAAUGGCUCGUCCGCGGGGUUAGCGGCGAAGUACUUCGACACCAGGCAUGCACAUUUUCUCGACUUGGUGCAGUUUCACUUCCUCAUUAGCACAGUUAACCGCCUGUGGAGAACCCGAGCGAACGCACUCGGACUACAUUGCGCUCUCGAUUGAGUAGUACGAACGAAGCGUUCUCACCAGAUCCAUUGCGUUCGUCCCUUUACUGUGUGGUAUUUCAAUGUUUGACUGUCAGUUGAUGCUGUUCGCAUCUUGGGUGUAGUCACUACGUGAGUUGCAUAUCUUGUGAGGAAGUUUACGUGUCCUGUAUCGUUAUCGUUGUGAAAUAAAUGUGAAGCGACCUAUUAUAUACAAUGCGCGGACAAAUGGACCAUUCAGUUUUAGCAGGCAUAUGUACCGCUGUGUGUUGUACGUCUUGGUUGUGCCUGAUUGGCUCUUAAGCUUAUAGACAAAUAAAUUACAUUUCACGACCUAAAUAUAACAAUAGGAAAGUCUGCGAAAAAUAAACGAUGCAGUUCUCUAAGCCCCUACCAGCUUUAACUUUGCUAGAUUCCACACAAUUUUGUGCCUUGAUCCUUGCAAAAGACCAUAUACGCUACUGAUUGAACUUUGCGCCCGGUAGAGUGUGAUUUGGAUGAAGAUGUGUCCGCAAUUAUCGUUUUUCCAUCGGCGAACUAAUUGCGGCCACCGAUUUACUAACCGAGCUUCUGGCUCUCACUCAUGCAUGACAACCACGUGACGACGCACGCGGCACAUAAAGCCGUGUCACGUGUUCACUGCUUACGAAAUCAUUGCGACUACUACGCAGCUAUACAGACUCGUGGACUUACGCAGCCAAAGGACUACCUACAAAGAUCGGGCUAGUUCAGUAGCCUGGUUCUGAUUAAAGUGCGAAUCAGGUCUUCCCAAAUCGUGUUCACGCGCUCUUCUUUUCGCGCUUCCGAUACGAGGCCCAAGCUUCAAAAUAUUUGCAUUUCCUUUCGGUUGUACGAGUACGUUUGCUGAGGAGCACUGACGGACGCCAGGAGUGUGUCUCGAGGGAGAAGAGAGAGAGAGAGAGAAAAAGAAAAAGCAUGAGAAUGAGUUCACGCUCUCCGUUCCUUUGCUUUUUUAUAACUACUGUGUAACAGAGGGGCAUCUUGUCCCAGCGGUGGCGAUCAUCGUCACCCGAAGCGCGAGCUCUGUACUGAAACAGCUAAAAAUGUAAAAUCGUACCAACAGCAUACGAAGCCGCGAGCGACAUGGAAGAUUUAAAAAUGCCUACGCAGAUUAGAACAGCUUAUGUAAAUUGAAGAACUAAGCAAAUCGGGAGAAAAAAAAAAAAGACUGGAGAAAUAUGUGCUGGUUGCAUACUGGAAAGAAUACCGGGGGCGCAGAAUUAGCGCUUGAAAUCGAAGCGCGUUUCUGUUUACAGGGAAUGGGCGAAUCGACCACGACGUCUUCGCCACGUAGCCGUGCUGAGGAUGCGUUUGAGCUGGACUAGGAAGUAGUUUUGCUUCACGAGCGAAAGGAUACAAUCAGCCUACUACGCCACAGUGAAAUGUUCAAACUAAUCGAACAAACGUAGUGCACAUGUCGCGAGUAGCGAAUUUCGAUGGAUAGCCCGAUUUAGUGGUUCACGAUUUGCGCGGUUGGUGUAGGUUUGCAGAGUAAGAGCAUAUAUAGGGAGAAUAUUUUAGGACGGUGACUUUAUGUAUACACAUUUGCCACAAGUGUUGACGAUCUUGCUAAUAAGAGUUUAUAGCCGUGAAGUUUCCAACGAUGUCGUAGUUCUGGAUCGCCUGUUGCACUUCGUUGUGUUUGUUGAGAUUGCUUUUGGGUUGGAUGUAUACUUCGGUGCGGUUAAACGCUUUCUUAUAAUUCCAAGUAUAUGAAACGGGAGCAUUGUGUUUUUGUGCAAUCACGUCUGUUGAUUUUUUUUUGUUCCACAUUCUCACGCUGCCAUAUUGCUUCUGCGUUUUGGCCGUGUGCCAACAGCACUUCGGAAGCUGCUUUGACGAAUGAUGCUAUUGUUUCCGCCACGGUGAGAAACCGCGAAAACCGGCGAAGAUGCAGAAAAGAAGGAACUGGAGCCUGUAACUGUACCGAAAGCCCAGAAUACGCAGAAUACGAAGAAAGAAUACGCAGGGCUGAAAUUUCUGUAAGGGUUUCAUAGCACUCUUGCGGUACUGAUACGGAUUUCAUGUAGAUUUUGCACCCUUCCCGUGCGACUACCACAGAAAACAUAUUGAGCUAUUGGAUAGCAUAAACAACGUUUCCAUCGGAAGCCACCGGGAAACUGAGUGUUUUAUUUGAAGCUCUUAGCAUCAAAUGCACAUCAUGUUCGGCGGAACAAGGAGUUCAUUAUAUACUUUAUGCCUUAACGCGCGGUAUGCAGGUAACACGCAUACCUUAUACAGAAGCGUGUCUGUACGCACUCCAAGGCUUCUGUAGGCUUUUUCAUGCGUGUCCCGUAUGACUUUUUCCAUAAUUGGCAUCGAUAUCGUAUGAGCUCUCUAUCGUUCUCGCAAGAGUAUAAUACAGAAAACAUGGAAAUUUUGGACCGUGCGUGGGAAAGUUCCGGCAUGACGGCGUGCGCAUCAGCUUAAUGCAAGCGUUUGCCAGUCAGCGUUCCUCCGGUGCCAUCUGUGCUGCGUCUUUGUCUCAUUUGGCCUGCUUUGUUCUCGCGCAUGCAAAUCAGCUCGCCCGCCUUGAGAUUCCGAGUUGUUCGAGAGGUGAGAGACAAGGGACCGAAUUUCACUGUUUGACUGCCGAGUGCCCCGGAAGGAUGCAGAAAUAUGUUUCUGCAAAUAUAUAGGAGUUGUGUUCAGCAGCUGUCUCUGUUCUGUAGGAUGAGGAACGAAACGGAGAUUUUGUUUGGGGAACUUGCGAGCGUGUCGAGUUUACUGCUAAGAAUAGAAGAACCGGGGAUCGAAAGGGGAUCAAAGGUGGCUGUCAAAGCUAACUUUUACAGAACCUGUCCACGCAUGGAAAGGGGCGAGGAGUGAGGAAAGGCAUUGAGGUUAACAAGAGACAAUGGUGGGCUUCAGAUGGAGGCAUAUUAUAGCCAGUGAAUCUGCAGAACGCAGUCCCUGCGCUCUAAACCCGUUAACUUUACAAAUGUGCGCAUUUUCGCAUUCGAUAAGUAAGCGGUGAUAACCGUAAAUAACAGCACGAGCCGCGCGCGCAUGGAUGCUAGACCUGAAAGUAGCUAUACCGUGAACGUUAUUAGUUUGGCAGGUUUAAUAUAUAUAAACUUCACUGCCAGAUACCAUGUUAUACAUGCUGUAACGUCACUCCUUACAUACUGCUGGCUCCUGUAAAUUUUACUCCGACUGACCUAAACUUUAUGCCUCAUAUAUGCAUUAUUUAGGGCAUGUUAUCAUUACUUGGGGCAUGUUGCCAUUACUUGGAGCAGUUAUUUCCGGUCUCCCACAGAAAUGUGAAAAUGCGCACCUUUGUGAGAGCUACUGCGUUCAAAGCGUACAGUUGAACUAAUGGCUUACUUUAGCAAAGUUUGUUCGCACUCAUUGCUUUUGGAGGUCAAGUCGAAGGUUGACCAAACGAAAUGGGAGUCUCCGAAUGAGACUGGGCGCAGUACACUGUCCUGGCUGCCCGCACGUCUUAUGCGAGUGAUGUUGUUAUCGUUCACUGCUUUGCGGGACACGUCGCAACAGAGGGAUUCGUGGGCACGUUCUCACAAUUAUGUAAUAGACGUCGUGCGGUUUAAUGGCAGUGGUGUUUCAAAGUUGUUAGGUGUUGUGCACGCAAGCGAGCGAGCUAUUUUGAAUGUCGGAGGUGGACAAACGUUGCGUGGCGUGGUGAAAAGGUAUAUGUCUAGUCGUGACUGUUGCGAAGUGUUUGUUUUUGAUGUGCCCUCGGAGGGGCUAGAGCGCACACAUCUGUAUGGGGUAACUGCAACGCAUAAAUAUACACAAGAGUAUAUAUAUGUAUACACACGCAUGUUUGUGGCCGUGAGCACUGAGCUUGUUGGCUGUGGUACUUGUUUGUUUUCUUUUUUUUUCUACCGAGAUGUUUGUAUUUUGUGUUGGAAGAGCGGAAGUAAAUUUGUUAUAAUAACG